AUGCCAUCUCAAUUCUCAAGCUUGCUUCGCUAUGCGGUGCAGCCUCGCCGUACAAGCAUCACUUCCAUUGCCGAUGCAGCAAGGCUACGGAAAUGUCCCUCCUCGUUAUUAACAGACCCAUGGCGGCCACUCCACAGCUUUGCCGCUUCCCCGCCCAUGCCUUCCGGGUCCACGGCGUCGAACCCACAAAUGUCCUUCCCAUGCCUGGACGCUGUGGAGUCGAGGACUCAAGAGAUCGUGUCGCGCUCCUUGACAAAUGGCCCUGAACCUUCAUACACGACCGGUGUGCACAAGGAGUUCACGUCGAAGGAGCCGCUAUUGCUGGACUAUGGCGGGAGACUGAAGGAGUCCACCAUAGCCUACGAAACAUGGGGCAAGAUGAACGCGGACAAGUCCAAUGUGGUGCUCCUCCACACCGGUCUCUCCGCAUCCUCCCAUGCAAGGUCCAACGAGGACAACCCACGCCUCGGCUGGUGGGAGAUGUUCAUAGGUCCUGGGUUGGCGCUUGACACGAACCGCUUCCAUGUGAUAUGCACAAACGUGCUCGGGGGCUGUUACGGAUCUACGGGACCAGCCAGUAUCGAUCCCGCGGAUGGGAAGCGGUACGCUACGCGGUUCCCCAUCCUGACCAUGAGUGACAUGGUCAGGGCUCAGUUUCGCCUGCUGGAUGCACUCGGCGUGGGCAAGCUCAUGGCAAGUGUCGGAGCCAGUAUGGGCGGCAUGCAGAGUCUCGCGGCGGGGGUCCUAUACCCCGAUAGAAUCGGAAGAAUCGUGAGCAUAAGUGGUUGUGCCCGGAGCCAUCCCUAUAGCAUUGCAUUGAGACAUGCUCAAAGACAAGGUAUGCAGCAGACAAACCCCUAAUGUUCCACCCAUCCCGGAAUACUCACCAUUCUAAAAAUUCCAAAAAUAAAGUCCUCAUGGCCGACACAAACUGGAACCGCGGCUUCUACUACGACAAGGUCCCGCCGCACGUCGGCAUGAAGCUGGCCCGGCAGAUUGCCACAGUGACCUACCGUUCGGGUCCCGAAUGGGAACAACGCUUCGGCCGGCAGCGCGCAGACCCCUCCCGCCCCCCCGCUUUGUGUCCUGACUUCUUGAUAGAAACCUACCUCGACCACGCGGGCGAGAAGUUCUGCUUGGAAUACGACGCCAACAGCCUCCUGUACGUGUCGAAGGCAAUGGACCUCUUCGACUUGGGCAUCGCAAACCAGGACAGCAUCCGCGAGUUGCGCCAGAAGAACAAGCACAGGCUCCUCGAGGGCUACUCCAGCGACAGCGAGGCCUGCUCCUUAUCCUUGCCCAGGGUGCCAUACAUCGAGCAGCAGUCGAAUAAGGAUUCCUCCCAGACCGCCUCUGGUCAUGAUGAUGCAGCCGCAUCCGACGAUUUGGUUCUGGGAUUGUCACCAAUGAGGGAUAUCCCGGCGUUGGUUCUCGGAGUGGAGAGCGAUAUCCUCUUCCCCGCCUGGCAGCAGCGUGAAGUCGUCGAUACUCUGCGCAAGGCUGGGAAUGCCAAUGUCGAACAUGUCGAACUCAGCCAGGACGUCAGUCUCUUCGGUCACGAUAGUUUCCUACUGGAUGUCAAGAACAUUGGCGGCAGCGUUAAGUCUUUCCUGGAGCAAUAG